CUCAUGCCAAACAAAGAUAGGAAAAAAUUCAAGUUUUGAACAACAGAACCUAAUAAAAUAAAUUUAUUUUGCUUCACAACAACAUGGAAGAUAAUCAACAGUUUAAUCUGCGAUGGAAUAAUCAUACCAACAAUAUCGUUCAGGUGUUUUUGGAACAUUUGUCGUCAGAACAGUUGGUUGAUGUAACAUUAUCCUGUCAGGGGCAAUUUAUCAAAGCUCAUCGAAUGAUAUUGUCGGCAUGCAGCCCAUACUUUCAGGAGCUCUUUAAGAACCACAAAACAAAACAUCCCGUUAUCAUUUUAAAUGGCAUUAAAUAUGAAAACCUUCAAAUGAUGAUUAAAUUUAUGUAUCAUGGUGAAGUCUGUGUUCAAGAAGCUCAGUUGGACGACUUGCUUGCGGCAGCAGAAACCCUUCAAGUUAAAGGCCUUAGUAAUGUUCGAAACAAAUAUGAAAAAGGCAAAAUACAGUCACAGAAUAAUAUAGACAAAACUCAAACAUCAAAUUUGAAAAAUAAUCACAAUGAACAUAUGACACCUGGACCCCAUGAACUAAAUUAUUCACAAACCUCUGAAAAAAUUGCAGAGAAAAAUCGACCUCCGCCACCAGAUCCACCUCGAGUUCGGAAGCGCCGCAAAAUGUCGCACACAGUUAACGAAUUGGCUAAGGAAACAGUCUUCACCAGUAAUGGGGCAGUUUGCCUAGAACCUGAAGUGCCCCUGAUAGAAAAUGAAAUGGAAGAAGCAAUGAUUAAAAUCGAACCACUCGAUAUCAAGGAUAACUAUGAAGAAAAUGAUGUAGAUUGUCCAUCUUCUAGUGAGGUGAAAACAUUGAGAAUAAAAGGCAGGGGAAAAUCGAGUCAAAAAACCAUUGUGACAACCGAGAAGGUACAAGUGGCAAGUAAAAUCCCACGGCCACCCAAUGCCUUCAUGAUUUUUGCCAACGAAUGGAGACGUAAAAUAGCAUUCCAGUAUCCAAAUGAAAACAACAAGGAGAUAUCUGUAAGAUUAGGACUGAUGUGGAAGGGGUUGAAUAUCGAAGCCAAAGAAGCUUAUUAUGCCUCGGCAAAGAAAGCAGAUGAAGAUCACAAACGUAAAUAUCCAGGCUAUUAUUACAGUCCUAAAGAAGCACGUCUCAGAAAGAACUUGAAACAAGAUUUAAUGCUCGCCAGAUGUCUCCCAACUAAUAUACGGGACAUUGACGCACUGCGUCUUGUUAAGGUUUUAAUGAACGUGGACAAUCGACCAGGUAACAUGGUUCUCGUAUCGCCAAAGGAUGAAGAUGCUGGGAAUAUUGAGAUUGAUGAACCAAUAUUAUCUGUUAAAUUAAAUGGGAAGAACCGGUUAGCUGAUCAAGAAAAGAAUGGUAUUUCCCUCACAUUAUCAUUUCAUCGUCAAUUUCACAUUACAAAUUGGUUUAGUCGUGGAAUGAGUACCAGAAGAAUUUCAAUUCAACCCAGGCCAUGUACGUAUGUACACACAUUAUUAUGUGGAUAACAGGAUAAAACAGGUGGAGAAAAAACAAUACGGAGAUCGUUUUUUUAGCACAUGAUAUGUUAUAUUUAUUCUUCCAGGAUAAUCUCGAAACAAUAUAAUGUUCCAGUAGAAUUGACAUUUUUCGAAAAUUUAAUUUACUGAGGGAAAUUUAUUGCAUUGUAUACAUGGUAUGCAUGAAUCGUGCAUCAUGCAAUGGGUUCUAUUGCAAAAUUCAUAAUAAACAUUUUCUCAGUAA